AUGCCCGCCGUCCGAGCUGCCGUCCGCGCCAGCCGCGCCCUCACCACCAGCGCUGCGACCCGGUCCUUCUCCGCCACUGCCACCCAGAAGGCCAGCCACGGCCCCCAGUACGACCCCCCGAGCGGCUGGCUGUUUGGCGUCAAGCCCGGCGAGAAGUACCAGAAGGAGGGCUGGGAGACGCCCUUCUUCUACGGCUUCUGCGGCUCCCUGGUGCUUGCGGCCAUUGCGUACGGUUUCAAACCCGAUACUUCGAUACAAACCUGGGCUCUCGAGGAGGCCCGCAGGAGAUUAGAAGCCGAAGGUAUCCUGGAGGACCCGGAGAAGAAGUAA